GGUCCUCUCUCUCUCUCUCUCUCUCUCUCUCUCUCUCUCUCUCUCUCCCGAAGAUAUUUUGUUCUCUUCCCCUAAAAAAAAUUACGAUUGCAUUCUCAUAUAUCUUCUCCUUCUCUUCUUCUUCGUCGAUUUGAAGAGUAACCUUAAUUCCUUGCGGGAUUCUUGGUCUUCCAGUUUCCGAUGCUGUGACUGUAACUUGUUCGGGAGAGAAACAGAGACAGGGAGAGAGAUCAUAGAGAGGUUCAGAGGGAGAGACGGAGAGAUUCCGGCAUGGCUUGUGAAGGAGGAAGAUCGAACGUCGGAUCCAGCUACUACAAGGUGCUCGGGAUUCGCCAGGACGCAUCCGUUUCCGACAUCCGUACCGCUUACCGGAAGCUCGCUCUGAUUCUGGAAAAUUGUCUUAUGAUUCCAUUUUAUGUUUGAUUUGUUUUUUGGACUUUUUCGAAAUUCCGUGAAGAAAUGGCAUCCGGAUAGAUGCGCAAGGAAUCCUGCCGCCGCCGCCGGCGGAGAAGCCAAACGUCGGUUUCAGCAAAUCCAGGAGGCGUAUUCUGUUCUAUCCGACCGGAGCAAGAGAUCAAUGUACGAUGCCGGAUUAUACGAUCCCAACGAUGAUGAUGACGAAAACUUCAGCGAUUUCAUGCAAGAGAUGAUCUCCAUGAUGAACAAUGUCAAAGACGAGGGAGAUAGUUUCGAGGACCUACAAAGGAUGUUCGCUGAGAUGGUUGGUGGAGACGGCGUGAGCUUUGACUUGAACGAUAAUCCAACGGGUAGGAAGCGGCCACGUGGCGACGUUUCAAGGGGUAACGUAGCAAAGCGUUGAUGUAUAAUGUAUUGCGUUGUAUGUGGUUACAACUCCGAUUCCCGUCGUUAGUGUUAGGACGCAUUUUUUUCUGUGGCCUUUGGAAAGUGCUUUCUUUCUUGUUUGUUUUUACUUUUAAUAAAUUAUCUCAUGGAGUUUUCUUUUAAAUGAUUCCGUAACCAAUUUGAUUU